AUGUCCCGAAAGCAGGCGGUGAAGAGCCGGCCGGGCAGCGCCCGGAAGGCCGAGGCGGAGCGGAAGCGGGAUGAGCGCGCGGCUCGGAGAGCCCUGGCCAAGGAGCGGCGGAACCGGACGGAGCUCAGCGCCGGCGGCGAGGAGGAGUUCGUCAGCUUCGCCAACCAGCUGCAGGCCCUGGGGCUCAAGCUGCGCGAGGUGCCGGGCGACGGCAAUUGUCUAUUUCGAGCUCUUGGUGAUCAACUAGAGGGACAUUCACGAAAUCAUCUUAAGCACAGACAGGAGACUGUUGACUAUAUGAUAAAACAGCGGGAUGAUUUUGAACCCUUCGUGGAGGAUGAUAUUCCCUUUGAGAAACAUGUUUCCAGUUUGGCAAAACCUGGUACUUUUGCUGGAAACGAUGCAAUUGUAGCCUUUGCAAGAAAUCAUCAAAUGAAUGUUGUUAUUCAUCAGCUUAAUGCUCCUUUGUGGCAGAUUCGUGGUACAGACAAAGCUAACGUUAGGGAGCUGCACAUUGCAUAUAGGUAUGGUGAGCACUAUGACAGUGUUCGGAGAAUCAAUGAUAACUCAGAGGCUCCUGCCCAUCUUCAGACAGAGUUUCAGAUGCUUAAUAAAGAUGAAUCAAAUAAGAGAGAGAAGAUUAAGCCAAAGGAGGAGGACUUUGAAGAAGACUUGAAAGAUGAAGUAGAUGAUGCUGUACAGAAAGUUUGCAAUGCAACUGGAUGCUCAGAUGUUAAUUUAAUAGUCCAGAACCUAGAAGCUGAGAAUUACAAUAUUGAAUCUGCAAUACUUGCAAUGAACCAGGGAAAAAGAAAUUCUAAUGUGUGCAUGCACUACUGGCCACCACUGUUUUUCCUUUCUUGUAGGCAGCCACAGUCUGUCAGAUACAUUUGCACUGAUAUGGAAAAUCUUCUCUUUCAGGUAACAAAUAAACAAAAGAGAGAGCAACAGCGCCUAGAAAAGAAGAAGCGCCAGGAGGAACGACAUCGUCAGAAAGCACUCGAGAAUAGGAGUAACAACACUGAUAACAAUCGAAGCGAAGCAGAUGUUAGUGCACAGGUCACCUUGGUGAAGACCUUUGCUGCCCUCAACAUCUGAUUGGUCUUGGUGUCUUUUAAAACAAGCUGAUGGAAAUGGAUUGCCGAAUAGGAAAUAGACUAAUCUUUCUGAUAAGGCCAUCAUUUAAAAAAAAAAAAAAGAAAAGAAAGGAAAAAGCUAACAAAACAUAUACCAAAACAUUAGUUUGUUGCUAGCUCUUUUUAAUUUAGCAUUUCAUCAGUGAUGUGUUCUUUUUUAUUGUUGUUUUGACCACACAUGCAGUAAAAAUCACCUUCUGUAAAACUCAAGAACUUAGGAAUGGUUAAUUAGGUCAAGUGGAACAUUUUAAGUGUGGCUCUGCUCUCCCUGACAAUGAGUUCAGUGGUUUUGGACUCUUUCCUUAAUAUUUGGGUGAGUUUUGCUUUAUUAUUCACAAAUUAAUUCAAGUUAGUAGUUUCAAAUUCAGAAUGACAAGCCUUUCCCUUGUUUUUUACAGACAUUAAUAUACAGGGUAGUUUGCAAAUGAUCUCCAACUCAGGAACAAGCUUAGAUUUCUUUUUUUUUUUUUCCUUCUCUUCCUAAUUGCAUAGACAAAAAUUCAGGAACUGUUUUUCCAAAGCUGAAUAAUACAGGGUUAGACGGGGCCUAGUCAGGGUGAAAAUAGAUUAACGUAGAUUUCUCCCCCUCCUGGAUUUUAAUAUUGAGUUUCAACCUGGACCAGGUGCUCUUCAUGUCUAGUUGUACUCAAGCCAUAUGCUAGCUAAUACUUCUGACUGUUAAUGAGAAAAAAAAGAAAAAGCAGAAUUGUUGAUUUCUUGAUACCCAUUUCUUUGAAAUGGAAAGGUUGUCUUAUUGUUUACAA